ACUUUGGCUGUUCGCGCGCAAAAACGGGCGGCAAGUCGCAGCAUGUGAAAGUUGCGCGUGCAAAGUUUGCGGAAACGUCUCGGCAUACGCGCCUGAAAAAGUAGUAUUUUGCCAUCUUACUGUGGCAGUCGAGUUUGAAUUCACCAUGAGUACCGUGUCAUCGUCAUUCUACGGUCCGUCCACGCGGAUUUCAGCGAGGCUCACCCUCAAGCGUUUGCUGAAGGCGGGGGCAAAAGAAGAGUCGACGACAAGAAGAGGGAGAGAGCGGGAUGACAAGGAGCACUCUGCCAAGAAAAAGAAGCGACCUGCAGAUGAAAACGAAACCGGACAGGAACAGAAAGUUGAGAAGGAAAAGGAAGAGUCUUACCGAUCACUGAUUCAGAAGAACAUUGCGGAAAAGAUGGCCUUUCUGGAAUCUCUCGGUGUCGACGAGUUAAAGGUUUCAGUGGUGCCUCCUCGAGUACAAGCACCUGCCAAGCCGUCACCUUCAGCCAAUUACAGGAAGAAGCCAAGGCAGGAUGUCGAGCCUGUGGCAGCCAGGAAAAGCCUGCGACUGCAGAACAAGCCAGCUCUACCCGAGAAUCACGUCUCUUUCUACCAGGAGCCAGUUAAAGAGCGUGUGAGAGAAGGACCACUUAAUUUCAAGGAGGUUGCUCAGAGUGGUGUCGAUGAAGGUGGCAGGUCUUGCCUCUGUGAGGUCAUGGUGAAGGAAGAGCUCAGUCAAGUUGCCUUGGAGCCUCUGUCAAGAGACGCUGAAACAAUGCUUGACAGGAUGAUGAACCUGCAAGUUGACGACACGACUGUGCAGAAAGUGGUUCCAGCUCGCAUCACGGCCAUGGUUGUUCACCCAUCCCUGACAGCCACUCUUGUCUUUGCUGGUGACAAGCUUGGAAAUUUUGGAUUUCUGAAGCUGGGCACAAGUGAAAAUGUGGUUGAGACAUAUACUCCGCACACUUCUGGUUUGAUGUGCCUGAGGAUCCGUCCCGAAGAGCCUCAGAAAAUUUACUCUGGAAGCUACGACGACACCUUGCGGUGUGCCGACAUUGAGCGAGGCAUUUUUGAUGAGCUCUAUCGCACUGAUCCCGAUGUUGGUGUGAUGCACUUUGACUGGAUGCUGGACAACACAAUGAUCGUGGCACACGCCAGUGGUCAAGUUUCUUUUCUGGACACCAGGGCGCAAGAGAAGCGAACCGGCUUGUACCAACUGCACAGUAGAAAAGUGAGGACCAUCAAUGCCCAUCCCAUGAACAGCUGGUGGUUUCUGACGGGCAGCGUAGAUACGACGGUGAAGCUGUGGGACUCCCGAAUGAUGUCUAGAAGGAGCCCCGUGCCUCUCGGAACGCUGUCGCACAACCGCUCCUGUUCGGCGGCAUUCCUCUCACCGGUUGAAGGCAGCAAAGUUGUCUCGACAUCAUUUGAUGACACUAUCAGAAUAUCCAACAUCAAUCAGGCAACUGGGGAAAUGAAGCAGCAAACCACGCUCAAGCACAACAACAUGACCGGGAGAUGGCUGUCGCCGCUUAGGGCAGUGUGGAUGCCCGGAUGCGAUGAGCUCUUUCUAGUCGGCAGCAUGGAAUACCCACGGCGCAUCGAGGUCUACUCGAGCAGUGGCACCCUUCUGUACAAGUUUAUGGGCGAAAGCCUGGCUUCGGUCUGCUCACUCAUCGAUGUCCACCCCGAGCGACUCAUCAUUGCCGGCGGCAACUCAAGUGGCAAGCUGCACGUACUCGUUGAGCCGUAGGUUGCGAAUGUAACGCAGCUUUUAACUUCGAAUGAGCACUGCAGCACCGGCAGCCCGAGAGUGCAGAAGAGGCUCUGUACUUGUCACCAAUGUAAAAAUGUGCUGCAGCAGCUUUCAGAACACAAAUAACCACGAAGAAACUCAUUCUCCUUGUGGUCUCGAUUUUAGCGGUGCGUUGGUGUAAGCCACAGUGGUGGAAACAAAGCACGCGCAAUGGCCACAGUAAAGAUCAUGCAACACAAGCAGUCGUGUUGUGCCUCGUUUCUACUGUCCUGUAUACUAGUGUCCAAGUGCCUGUCCUUGGCACCUUUUGCAUGCGUCUUUUUAACUCUAAGCAGAGCAGUGGACUAAAGGACUUGUACCUCAAGCCACCCUCUUUGUCUUUAUUUAGUGUUCUUUAUUUUCUUUGCGCCAGCUUUGUUUCCACUGCCAUGAACCAAAUCCAACUCGGCCUGCUUGCUUACAUCGGUCGCACAAGUCCAGAAUGCAGUGCUCAGUUUCUAGCAGUAUGCCUAGGCUGCUGCAAGGGAGUUUGCGACUCUUUGUGGCUUUUCUGUUCUGGAAACUUCUGCCGACAGCUGUAUAUAUGAACUGACAGAACACACUUGUAACCUAUUUUAAGUCUUUUUAUUUCAAUUUUUUUUUCGUAUUUGUUGCAUUCCCACAGCGAAAGUCCUGUGUUUAGACACAUUUUGUAAAGGUGUCUCUCAGCUAAAGGUGUCUCUCAGCUGAGAGA